AUGACAAGGCUUCCUCAAUUCCAGGGUCGGAACCUGAGGUUGCUGGCAAUCGUGGUGCUGGUGACUGCUGCCGUGCUCGUGACCUUGGCCUUUGAAGGCAUCGGCGAUAUUUUGCAGCACUUCCUGCACUAUGCAUGGAUGCACUGGAGCAAAUGGUACGAUCCAGCGACCUUCAAACCCAUCGGGAAGUGGUACGCAUGGAUUUUGCACAUACGAGACCUUCAGCUGAUUCACGGCUUCCAUGUGAUCCUUGCCGCUUGGAGAGCCAAAAACUUGAGGGACAGCCUGGUGUUGCUUCACAUGUUCGAGAUCCUGGCGAAGACUGCCCUGGAGGUGACAGGAUUGCAACGGCCUUGGAAUGGUUUCGAGCACUUAGGAGCUGUGGCCGGAGAUGGCCAGCGACGCGAGGAUGGCUUUGUAAGAAUCAACUUCUACGUAUCAAACGAUACCUACAACGUGGUGAGUACAAGGUCAGUGCCAGUCCGCGCCUUCACUCAGAAGAAUAUGCAUCCCUUUGAAGGGGACAACAUCUGUUUGAACAUCCUGGACUGGCGCUCCGUGCUGUGGAUUGAUGUAAUGUAUCAGCCCACCACCGGAGCACACACGCAACGUGUGGCUGGUGCGAUUUGGGAUCCUUGGAGCCGAAAGUUGCUGCAGAAGUGCUUUGAAAACGCUGAGUUGUGCGAUCCGCACAUCGGCACGGACCAUGGUCUUACAAGUGGUGGCAAGAUGAAGUUGUGGGACUUCCAGGAUCUGGUCGACACAGAUGGAACUCCAAAAGAUGGCCACUACAUUGAGCAGAGGGUCAACUUGACCCCAAACAACGGGCUGUUGAGUCUUCAGAUGACUCACUUGGGUCCAAAGCAGGUCCUGGAUGAACGGGACGACCCAAGCGAUCAACCAAGCAAAGAGCUCUUCCUUGGCGACACCUAUCCCAGCCCCACAGGUGUGGAUUAUGUGCCCGGGCGGCGUGCUGGCAAGCAACAUCAGGUGGGCAUGCCACCACUGGUGCGAGGAUGUGGCCUAUGUGUGGAUGCUGAAGAGGUUCUUCAGCACCAGUUGGAAUCAGGAGCUGAUGUCAAUGAAACCAACUCCAUGGGCGAGACGCCGCUGUUGUCCUUGUUGAGAGCUGGGCCACAGCUGUCACUGGUGAAGCAACUCCUGGUAGCCAGGGCUGAUGUGAAUUCGAGUGACAUGAUGGGGGAGACCCCCUUGAUGGAGGCAGCAUGUUUGGGAGAUGAGCCCUUGAGUCUCCUGCUGCUAGAGUCAAGGGCGAAUCCGGAACAGCGUAAUUUGCAAAACCAGCGGGCCGAAGACCUUGCCAAAGCUGCAAACUUCCCUGAUCUCGCCAAGCUUCUAGGCAGCUCCCACUGGCUGGAAAAACUCGCCACGGCGCCUGCGCCUGAACCUGAGCGCCGUAGCGCUCCUAACGGCCACGCGCCGCGCGGCCGUGGGCCGCCGGCGCUGCGGCAACGCUGCGAGGAAAAGGAGGUGCCGCUGAAACUCCUGGGGCAGCUGGCGGCAGCCGACCUGCUAAAAGAGAUGGAUCGGUGGCAGCAACUGCCACUGGAAGAGCUUUGUUCGGAAUGUGAAGAGCAGGGAGUUGGGUGCGAAGGUGAUCUGCAAGCACUUGAAAGAGAAGAGCUGGAAGUCAGACUGAAGUUGCUGCGGAUUUGGCGCUUGUUGCCUUUACAAGCAUUGCAAGAUGAAUGUCGUGACAAGGCUUCCCGUGUGGUACAGCAAAUGUCAUCCGACAACGGGACCGUCCUGACCAGGGACGAACUGACGGAGGCGCUCUGCGUGGCAACUUGGGGUGGGCUCACCAAGAGCCAGCUCAUCAGCAAGAGGUGUGCAGAGCGAGGCAUUCCAGAUGAUAAGCUUCAAGACCGUUCUCGCGCACAGCACGUUUUGCAAGAAUUUGAGCGUUUGGAGCAGCUUCCCUAUGCAGAGCUGGCUGCCCUGUACAAAAGUCGUGGUUUCGCCUAUGUGGAUCAACUUGAUCGAGAGAGCUUGGUCAAGGGCCUCAAAGAGUACGUGCUGUAUCAGGAGAUGUCCCUCUCCCAUCUUCGCAGCGUUUGCAAGGAGAAGGACCUAGCUAUGAAAGGCGAACAUCGCCGGGCGGAUUUGUUGAAGCUGCUGGUGGCUGAGAGCUGGCACACCUAUGACAUUCCCGUGCUGAAGCUGCCGAACCUUUUGGUGGCGCAAGGCCUAUUGGAUCAAAUUCAGGGCUUCUCCAAGAAAGACGAAGCACAGCUGCGGGUCAAGCUACGACGCUGUCAGCUGCCAGUGGAGAAAAGCGCUUCGGUCUCCAAGCUGCUCAGCAGAUUGCGGAGGCAUCUGGUCUGGGCCCAGAUGAGUGUGGAAGAUUUGGAGGAGGAGUGCCGCAGUCAUGACUUGCACUGGACCUCAGUAGAGCAAGCGGAACAUCGCCGGCAGAUGGUUGGCAUGGUGCAUGCCAGCAGCUCUCACAAGAAGGAGUUGCUGCAGUUGCUGCACGACUGGCUGUCGGUGGAAAUGUUGGAAUCCAAAGGGAUCUCAGUGAAGUUGUUGGGACGGGAGGCUGCCCUGGCGAUUUUCAUGGAGGUGGAAAGACUCGAGUCAAUGCCAAGAUCCUUCUUGGAGGAGGAAUAUGCCAUGCUGGGCAUGCCCAAUGAACCGAAGCUGGACAACAACGAGUUGAUCAGCCGAUUGAAGCAGGUGCUGAUGUGGUCGCAGUUGGAGGUCGAUCAGUUGCUGGAACAGUGCCAAGAUCGACAGCUGCAGGUGCAGCACACACUGAAGCUCUGUGAGGAGGAGAAACGACAGAUCUUUCUGGAUAAGUUGAUCAUGAGUCUGGGCGUGGAUGGUUGGGAGAAGCAGGGCAUCCCGGUGUCGCGGCUCAGCAGUUUGGACUGCGCGCUGAAUAUCGUGGAGGAGCUGAAUCGCUUAGAGGAGGCCACCGACAAAGAGGUGAAAGACAUGUACAAGUUGUUGGGCCUUCCAAAGGAAGCUGGAGUGGACCGAACUGCCAUGAUCAGUCGGCUGAAGCAUUACCUGAUUUGGCAGGAUCUGAGGCCAUCUGAAUUGCGGAAAGAGUGCCUGAAACACAACCUAUCUGCCGCUGGAAGUAUUGAGGAACUCAUCACGAAGCUGUUGCUGAAAACCUGUGGCUUUGUUGUGGAGGAGCCACAGACCAUCCCAGACUGGGGCUUUCAACCUCCGCCUCGACAAGAGAAGAAGACACCAGCUCCAACGCCCAAUGGCAAAGUGGCCGCCGCAUUUUAUCAAUUGGGUCUGGACGUUACAGCAAGACAAGAUGAGGUUCGAAGAGCAUACCGAAGGCUGGCUUUGCAACAUCAUCCUGACAAGAACCCUCACCUUCAGGAGGAAGCGGCCAAAAAGUUUCAGCAGAUCACAAGUGCGUACGAGACCAUCAUGGCUCACUUGAAGCUGGUACAGAAGACCCACAGCGGACCUGUCAUUGGGAUGGUCUCCAAAGUCUCAGGAUAUUGGACCCUGGACAAACGUGGCAUUGGAGGAGUUGAGCUGCAGAUGGUCCAUGAAGUCCCCAAGAGGUAUGGAACCAACUCAGGAAAGCAUCAGGAGCAUGAUUUGCAGAGUUCCGAGUGGAUUGUGGCGGUUCAUCAGCAGCAGCAGGAGGAUUUCCCCACCCACUUUGGAAAAGCUUUGGCGUUCUUCACUUCUGCAGGUCAUGUGAAGGUUCUCACAACACCAGGUGUUGGGAUGCUCAGCUGUGGAGAUCCUCAAUGGACAAGCCUGGAAAGGCUUAGAAUCGAAAGGCCUAGAAUCAGGAUGCUCUAG